UUUGACGUCUCGUUUUGGUCAGCGAACGGAAGUCGCGCACUGCAGUCCGUUUCCAGAGCGCUACGCUUUAUAUAUCCUUGUUAUCCUUAGUGUCGCGUGUAACGGUUUCUGUGCCAUUCAAAACGCGUUCAGUUUCAAUCUCGGUCCAAGUGCGAAUUACGUGACCGUCCUUCGUCCCAUUGUCAUCAAUUUUGCGCUCUAAUAAAAUUAUUGCUUGCGUCUUACCAUUCCAUUCGCCGCAAAUACUUUUAAUCAGCUUAAAUUUAAAAAUCAAACCGCACAUCGCUCGCAUCCUGGGACUUACGAUUUUGGCGGCCGCGCGACUCAAAUUCUUUUACACCGUCGGUUAAUUAAAAGUCAGCGUCAGACCCAAACGCCGACGGAAUGAAGCUCGUGGUUUAUGUCUAUGUGUCCAUGAUUGUGCUGGGCGUUCAGGCCUGGCCCACUGUGAAGCGCUCCUUUGAGCUAUAUCCAGCCGCGGCAAUGCCCUACAACGAGCACAGGAUUGCAGAUUGCAUGCAUGUUGCCUCCGAGCCAGGUGAUUACAUCUUCAAGAAAGCAGCGCUACCGCCGCCGUUCAAUUUCAAUAGAGAUGAGGCGUUGUUUGAGCUGGAUGCGGUCGCCGGUGACCAGUUGGAGGCAGCAGCAGCAGCUGCAGCUGCCGCAGGGUCCGUUUGCGGUCUCUAUGUGAUUGGCGAACCAGACACGAUUGUGGAAAUAACCAUGAAGCACUAUGACGUCAAUUGCGAGUCGGGCGGUCUAAUGGCGUUUGUGGAUGGCUGGGAGCUAAAUGGUGAAUACUUUCCGGCAGUAAAGGACCAUCAUCGUGUGCUCGAGGAUCGUGUCUACGAGUUCUGCAACAACAACAAGCAAUGGCCACGCUUCAGCAAUAAGAAAUUCUUCCGCUCCAGCCAGAAUGCUGCACUGCUGCAGUACCGCAUACCCACACGUGGCUCCUUCGUGGCCAACGUGCGCUUCCACAAGAUUACACAGCCUUGCAACAUACUUGUCCAGGACACCGCCGCCGUUUACAAGAUGUCCAACUAUGGACACGCCCGCAACUGCACUUUAUCCGCACUUUUUCCGGCCGCCGUCUCUCUAGGAUCUCUGCGUAUUGGCAGCAAGGCCGUGCGUGCCCAGGAGAAGGUCAACUAUGAUUGUCACCUGUUCGAGGAUCGUUUAGAGAUUGGCGGCUCCGCUGGCCUCGAUACCACCGGCAUGGAGCUGGCCAGUGACGUGUGCGGCGCCACCAAUGAGCUGGGACCCGAGCAGGCUGUCUUCUGCGGCGUGACCAGUGUGCGCUUGGUGUCCACGGGCCGCUACCAGAACCAGGCAGCCGUUAUCAUACGCAAGGCCGACGAGCACGAUCUGGACAUUGCCACGCUGCUGUGUGCACUCUAAGCGGCAAACUUUAUGGAUGAUAACAGGGACGAGUCCGGCACAAUGAUUACAAUUUCAUGUUUGUAAAUAUGUAUGUGGUUGGAUAUGUAUGUACAAAGGCAGGAGUAAAGACAACCCCAACCCAUUCAGCUUGGAUUCUAUUGUAGCGCUUAAUCCAAUCCAAGCACAAAGUAUUCACCCAUGCCAAACUAAAUAGCGAAAAACCCAAAAAGAAAUUUUAUGUAAUUAUAUGUGUAUAUCAA